UGUGGGCAGUGUGUCAAGUGUUCACUUUUUUUACAUUAGCGUGAACCUCGGCGCAGUUCAUAAUCAGCGUUAGAAGGUAGAACAGGCUCUGAUCAUAUGAAGUACUUAUAGCACUGUCAAGGCCAUAUUGAGCACCAUGAAGGAGACUAACCAUGGGUACGAAAACGAUGGUUACACCGAGGGGACAAUGGACAUGGAGGACAAGCCCAGGCUCAGUCUUGAGCUGGACUAUGAAAAAGAUGUCCAGGACUAUCUUGAGGGCAACAUCAUGCAGAAGUUCGCCUACUACAGAGACUAUCCCUUCAGAAAGCUAUCGGAAUAUCCCAAACUGAUGAAGGGAGUGAUCUAUGCAGUGCUCUUUAUCCUUUACAAUGCCUACUUUUUCGGUGUUCUGUCCAGAUACAUCAAACAUGAUAUCCCGUGGGAGUGGUGUGACAAAUUCGGAUUCCUCAUCAUUCUCACCGUUAUUGCCUAUGUUGGCCUUAUAUACUAUCAGAUCAUCAAACGAUUCUUUGGCACAAUGCUUUACAAUGCCAUCAUUUCUCCAUUCGAAAAGGCCAUGGCCAAGGUCUUUGCCAGCAGCAUCGUAUCGGGCAUUGGCUAUCUGGUGGUUGUGAUUAUCAUUAUCGUAUUUAUCGUGAUUGACUCAUGGGAAGAAUCCGAACGGCUCGUUUCGGGGGCUGGAGUUGUGAUUAUCGUUCUCUUUGGAUUCGUGUUCUCAGCGCAUCCCGGACACGUAAGAUGGCGCCACGUGGUUUGGGGCAUUGGUCUUCAAUUCCUCUUUGGACUGAUCGUUUUGAGAUGGCAGACAGGAAGAAACAUUUUCAAUUGCUUGGCCGACAAAGUCACCAUUUUCCUGGACUUCACCGACGAAGGCUCGUCCUUCGUUUUUGGACACCUGGUCACGGGCAGGCCGUUCUUGCCUGGGAAUUUGGACAACAACACGGAAUUUGGAGUAGAAGCUUACGACACAGCCUUUGAAACGGCUACAAUAUUCAAUCUGGGUACCGCUGGCAUUGGAAGUGGCUUUGAUACCGUGUUCAUGUUCAAGACCUUGUCGGUGAUCUACUUCUUCUCGUUUUGCGUGUCCAUGCUCUUCUACCUUGGCGCCCUUCAAUUCGUGGUCAUGAAGCUGGGUUGGCUUUUGAGCAUCACAGUUGGGACGACAGCGGCAGAAUCUCUGAAUGCCUCAGCCAACAUCUUCCUGGGACAAACCGAAGCACCCCUACUCAUUAAACCCUUUCUCCCCAUCAUGACAAAGUCAGAGAUUCAUGCGGUAAUGACAGGUGGCUUUGCCACUAUCGCCGGAACGGUUCUUGCGGCGUAUAUCAGUUUUGGCAUUGACGCUGCCCAACUCAUUUCUGCUAGUGUGAUGGCCGCCCCUGGGGCCUUGGCCUUUUCCAAGCUUUUCUACCCGGAAACAGAAGAGUCCAAGACCACAAUUGACGAUGUUGAAAUGCCCAAAGGAGAGGAGGCCAAUCUCUUGGAUGCUGCGGCGCAAGGAGCCUCCAAUGCGAUCAUGUUGGUCCUCAACAUUGCCGCCAGUUUGAUCGCUUUCCUCGCGUUUGUAGCUUUUUUGAACGCCAUAAUUGCCUGGUUGGGAGAGAUGAGUGGAUUAGAGCAAGAGCUCACUUUCGAAUAUAUUUUGGGCUACGUGUUUGUACCGGUGGCCUUUAUUAUGGGCGUCCCUUGGGAUGACUGUGUUUCAGUGGGACGCUUGAUUGGACUGAAAACUAUUAUCAAUGAGUUCAAGGCAUACCAAGAGUUGGGUAUUUUGGUCGAUGCCGGAGAGAUUAGCCAACGAGCCGCCUCCAUUGCCACAUUCGCCUUAUGUGGAUUUGCCAACCCUGGAUCAAUUGGCAUUCAACUCGGAGGUCUUGGAGCUUUGGCUCCUGGUCGAAAGAAGGACUUGGCUCAAAUUGUGUUCAGGGCUUUUGUGGCUGGAUGCUUUACUAGUUUUCUCAAUGCAAGUGUGGCAGGGUGCUUAAUUAGCACCCUUAAUUAACUCAUUGAAAUUUAGACAUACAGAGAGACAAUUCAAGUUAUCCUUAAUAUAAAGUGAGUAGUAUGUUAAGUAAUAUUCCUGUGCGAUAUUUACUUAUCUACUUAAAUGUCUCAAAAGCUUUAUUCGUGCAGCAAUAACAUAGCUCUUCGAUAAGACCUUUUUUAUGUUGGGCUUAGCUUAUUAUAUUUACCAUGAAAGAUACGAGUUCAUUUAUCAUCCGACUACCCUUUUAAAAAUCCGACGAAUAAAACAUAUUGCGUUGGUUUA